AUGAUACAAAAAAGUAAACAAGAUAUUACUUUUUUAUCAACAAUUGUCAGAAGGAAGACUCCACAAAAAGCAUCAUGUGAGUUCCAGCCAUCAAGUGGAAAAAUUAAGAGAUUGAUCGAAGUGUACAUGAAUAUUGCAAUAAUUGUGCAAGUAAUCGCAUUAAAUGUGAUGGAAAGCAAUUUAGUCUUACGCAGCAUCGUUCUAGCAUUUCGCGAGGUCGCUGAACUUUCCUUCCUUCUACGGGAAAAAAAUGAGAAAAUUGUGACGAAGAAACGUUGUGUAGGAAUGUGUCACAUUUGGCAAAUGAAAAAUACUAUGGAAGUUAUAAUGAAGCUUUCUAGCUCGAAAUUGACUUCUAAAGUUUUGCAAAAUCAAAUAUAUCAAUGA